AAAAUAAUCACUAGUGCGAUCCAAGAUGGGGAAGACCAAAGAUUUUAGUACUCAAUUUGAAGUACUCAAGAAGUUCAAAGAAGAGCACACGCAGAUUACAGACAAAGACGAAUUUUUCAAAUCAUUAUACUCCAGAAUGAGGAAAUAUGUUAAGAAAUGGAACAAGAUUAUUGAAACAGAGGAAAAGAUCCAAAAUGGGUCAACUCUUACUAAAGAACAGAACAAAAUGCUUCAGAAGAAAGACGAGCUCAUCGCCUCGCUUGAAGAAAUGGAUUUUGUCGCCUCACAGUAUUCAAUGAAUUUUGAAGCACAUCUAAAGCUUAUUAGGGAAACUAAGCCUGAACAACCUGUGCAACCACAUGAAGAAGGAAAAGAAGAAGUAAUGAAGGAAGAGGAGACAGAACCACAACCUCAGGUUCAAGAGACAAAAGUUGAAGAGCCAAAGAUUGAUAUUAUAGCCAUUAAGAAAGAAGAAUACCAGAGAGGAUGAAGUGACGGCAUUAAUAGCGGAUAUGAAGAAGGUAGAAAAGAGGGUUAUGAAGAUGGGAAGAAGGAUGGAAUUACUCAAGCAAAACAGGAAUUUGAAGCUCAAGAGCCAGAAAUCUCUACUGAAGAUAUUGAAAGAGCAAUUCAUUAUUAUUCUUUGAUCCAUGUUUUUGGAUACUGGGUUGAUUCUUUUGUAAUGUUAAAUCCUCACUUUAUGAGAUCAGAUUAUUUCACCGAAGAAGAGUGAUUUGCCAUAAAGCAAAUUUAUAUUGGAAAUUCAUAUGUUCCUACACCUUUUAAUUUCGGAUCGAUAACUGAAUCCCUAAAACAGAAAGUCCUCAAAAUUGUGAAUAGGUCAACUGAUGUAAUUGAAAAUCCGAUAAAUACUAAUCAACAAAGUGCAGCUGGAAAAGAACCAUUAACUUAUGCUAAUUUGGCUGAAUCUUUUGACCGUGUUUUGACCAAUCAAAAAUUCAAUGAAACUAGUCAUAUGUUAUUAGCUUCAGGAGCAGAUAUGAUGGGCAUGAAUAUGUACGGAGCUAUGCCAAAUAUGAUGCCUGGACAAAAAAUGCAACAAAUCCCAGUAAUGACAAAUCCUGUGCAGCAAGAGCAGCAACUCAGUACUCCUGCUCCUCAAGUUCAUCCCAAAAAUGAGGUAGAGAUUUCAAAGGAAGAUGAUCACAAAGAUCCUGAGCCAAACCAAACAGAAGAGCACAAGAUCGAGCCUCAAGAGGAAGCCAAUGCGGUUUCUCCAAAUGUUCCUGAAAAUACUACUCCUAAAGAAGUUGUAGUAGAGAAUAUCGAAGCUGAGUCACAAGACGAGCAACAAGUCGAGCCACAACCAGAACCAGAACCGCAGCCAGAAACUAAACCAAAAGACUUAUGGAAUGAUGAUGAAGAUGAAGACGAAGAUGACGAAAACGAGGAUUCAAAAGAGAAAGAAAAGAAGGAGAAUACUCCAGAACCUAAAGAGACUCCUGAAGUCCCAGAAGCUAAGGAUAUCCAGGUUAAGGAAAAAGAAUUCUACGAUUCAGCUCCUUACCAUAAGAGAGGAGGAAGAGGAUAUAGCAGAGGGUACCCUCCAAGAGGCCCCAGAGGAGCCUACCGUGGUGGAAGAGGCUACAACAAACCUUAUGACCCUAACUAUAGAGGUGGAAGAGGUGGAAGAGGCGGAAGAGGCCCAAGAGGCAGUUAUGAGAGUGGAAGAGGCAGAGGUACAUUUAGAGGAGGAAGAGGUAAAGAUUACUACCAAAUUCAUCAAUCAGACUAUCACUACGAAGAUUAUAACAACCCUCAAGAGAAAAAACCAGAACAAGAUAUGGAUGCUGAUGGCUUCAUGCCAGUCAAAGAAAAGGUUUAUAAGAAAAAGAAGAGAGGAGGUAAUUUCAAGCCAAAGAGAGGUCAGAAAGAUACUAAAUAAUUCACUAUUUCAUUUUCAAC